AGAGGAGGCAACGAGACCAGUGGACAGAAUCUGCAGCACUGCAGUGAUGGAGAAUCCAUGGAGAAAGACAAACUUCAGACAUUUUCUUACUCGCUAUGAAAUCUUUGGACAAGGUGGAUGCACUUUUCCAAACUAUCGACUGGUUAUAUUGUGUCUGGGGCUGUUGAACGCUGUUUUGCUGAUAACUGCUGUUGCUAUUGGGAUUAAGUGUGCCAAAGUCAAAGAAGCUUCCCUCCAGGUUCCCCACUCAGCUGCAACAGAGCUCAUCAAUGAGCUGAACUAUCUCAGCAGCAACUACAGCGAUGUGAUUGAAGCUGAGAAGGAGGCCAAGAAGGCGUUAGAGGCAGCGAUCAAAAACCAUGCACAACUGAAGUUGCAAAUUGAGCAGCAGAAGACCAUCAAUGAUGGUUAUCAGAGACAGAUGGAGGCACUGCGCACAGAAAAGACAAACCUGCAGACCAAUAUAUCAGCUUUGGAGGGAACCUGUGGCAAAUGCCUCCCUGGAUGGGUUCUUCUCAACACAUCCUGCUAUUUCUUUUCUUACUCUGAGUCCGGUACUGUCAAAAAGGACUGGAAAGAUAGCAGAGCGGACUGUAUCAGUCGUGGAGCUGAUCUGGUUGUGAUCGAUAAUCAGGAGGAGCAGACAUUUGUGAGUAACAGCAUUGACAGUAUGAGAAGUGGCACUGACAUGUGGGAGAACGGAUUCUGGAUUGGUCUCACUGACACAGGGACAGAGGGGAUAUGGGUCUGGAUUAAUAAUGUCACUGAGGUGGAACAAAGGUACUGGAUGGGUGGAGAACCAAACAACGGUUACCUGGGAGAGGAUUGUGGUGUUACAGUUCCUAGCCCCUCUAAUCCCUGGAAAACCCGGUAUGAUGGAAACUGCAUCAUUAAAGAGUUACAUUGGAUAUGUGAAAUGGCAUCAAAUUAGAUCUGGAAGAAUUGCCCAAAAAGUAAAUAUAUGUUACUGUCUUUGAAAAAUGAAUAAAAUUCAUUAUAUCUUG